CUGUAGCAUUUCUUUUACAACUUGUUGAGGAAAGUGGAUGGUUUUUUCUUUCCUUUUAAAAUUUUUAGUUGCAGUUUGCUUUGGAUGAUUAGACAAAGGUUGUGGAUGAGAUUAAAAGUCAGAUUGAGGCCAGCAGCGCGUGAGGGUGUGUUCUGCCACCUUUCGGACUAUAACUCCGGCAGAGUAGAUCAGCGGGGCCCUCUGAGAAAGUUUUCGAUUUUGUGUCUUGUAUUAUGGCACAAUUUUGUUGCAGACCACUGUUCGUCUGGGCAGUCCAAGGGGUAAGGUGGUGCGUUGACCAGUGCCUCCUGAUCAACUAAUCCCUACUCUUGCAACACUGCCUGCAAGCUAUCCUCACUACAUUUGAUUAGAAUUUUUGAGAUGUGACAGCUUAGCUACUUAUGAUUCUAAAUACUUAUCAAGUUUGUGUGUGCGAACAAGUUUGUAAUUUAAACGGUGGAGUUAUGUACAGGUCAACAAAAGCAAAGCAAUUAAUUCUAUAUAUUGAUUGUGUUUUUCAUCUUAUUCUGAACCUGUAGAUGUCAAAUUCCUACCAAUAUCUGGUCUUCUUGUUUCCAACAUGAAAACGAGAUUGGACAAGAGCAUAUGCCCCUGGUGGAAUGGCUCCUGCCUCUUUGAAGUUUUGGAUGCAGUUGAAAUUCCUCCUAGAGAUCCAAACGGUCCUUUUAGAAAAGGCUACAUAGUUACUUAUAACGACUCUUACUAUUUCUUGAGUCCCUAUGACUUUGAUUCCAAACAUAAGAUAAACAUGGGAACUGUCGUAAUGGGAAAGUUUGAAUCUGGUACCAUGCAUGAGGGUGAUUCCUUAUUGGUCAUGCCAAACAAGGUGCUUGGCUCAAGUGAAAGUUCUUCCAUUUACUGUGAUGAAGAUAAGGCUACACGUGCUGGACCCAGUGAAAAUCUGUGGGUUAAGUUAUCUGGAAUAGAAGAAGAGGACAUAUUAUCUGGUUUUGUCUUGUGUAGUGUUGCUAACAACUUGAUUUGUGUUGAGAGAUUCUCAGAUUUUGCACAACUAGGAAGGUUUACUCUUCGAACUGAAGGAAAAACAGUUGCAGUGGGAAAAGUCAUGGACAUUCCUUCAAGUGCUAUAGUGCAUAAAAAAGUUUUGUUGUUAGAGGUGAGAAAUUAAAUUUAUAGUUUAUUUUGAAAAAUACAAUCUCUAAUGGGAUGUUUAAUGAAUGGCUAAUUCACUCUGACAAGUACGUCCACGGACUCUCCUUAUGAAUGGCUGUUAGUUGCAACACAGAAUCAUCUUAAAUGAUGUUGCUGCGUUAACAAUAAAUUGAUAUCUUUAAG